AUGUUGAUAAAAGAGAAAAACGCCAUUUUUAAAAAGCUAGCAUCUCUAUCUCUACAAGAUGUCAAUUGGUAUGCGACAAAACCUCGGUCCAAAGAUGAGGAAGCCUCUGAAAGAGCAAGGCAACAGGGUAACAAACUUUUCCAGCAAAAGUCACAUUCCAUUAAUUUGCAUACAAGUAUCUGGGAAUUGUAUUCAAGAAGCAUAGCCUUAGCUCCCACUGAAUCAGAAACACUAGCUUUAGCUUUUGGCAACAGGUCUGCCUUAUUGUUUGAUCUGUUGCUAUUCAAGGACUGUAUUCUAGAUAUUGAUAGAGCAAUCAAAAUUACAAAAUCUAAUGUAUACGAGGCCAAAUUAUUGUGUCGCAAAGCCAAGUGUUUACAUGCUCUUGGUUCACCUGAAACGAACGACGUCUUGCUCAAAGCCAAGUCUUACGUACAUCUAAUGGAUGAUCAGGAUGCCAUAAAAAUACGUAGUUUGAUUGAAACAACUGAAAUAUUUAUUAAUCGCCCGUUUGAAAAGAAAAGUGAAUAUAAACCCAGCUUGAUAGAGAUUAAAAGAGAAAUUGAUAAUUUUCAAGAUCUUGCUAUUAACUAUGAUUCGAAGCACAAGACGCAUUUAAUUGCAACUCGCGAUAUUGCACCUGGAGAAAUAGUAUGUGUUGAAAAACCAUAUGUUACAUCAAUCUUACAUCUUGUGAGAGCAAAUAGUUAUUGCAGCCAUUGUUAUGAUCCUUGUUUAACAACCAUACCAUGUCCUACCUGUACAUGGUGCAUGUUUUGUUCAGAAAAAUGUAGAAAAAACGCUUGGAAUCAGUAUCAUGACAUUGAAUGUCCUAUUUUUAAAGAUUACAAAGAAGUUCCCAACAGUGAAUAUCCUGUACAUAUGGCUCUCCACUUGAUAGUCACAGAAUGGCGUAAACAUGGCUCUGUGGCAAAACUUAAAUCUUUUGUGAAGAACAUUGAUAAAAAAAAAGAUUAUUUUUCAGGAAAGUUAGUUGAUAACAAAGUUCUACAUGACAAUAAAUUAGAAAUUAUAUAUUUUACCUUGAAAAAUUCUUCACUAGAAUUGCCUGAAAUAGAUAUUGAAGUAGCCACUGACAUGUUAGUUUCCCUAGCUGUUAACACUACAUUUUUUGGGAAAAACUUUUGUACUGCUAAGUAUAAAAAUUUGGCUAAUGAUGGAGAUAUAGUAUUCAUUGGUGCUUUGAUAUUGAAGUUUAUUUAUUUGUCAACUUUUUCUGUGAUAAUGUCCAAGAUAGCAGUUAGUCAACGAGAUACCGAUCCUGCAGGUGAAUGCAUGGGUAUUUGCCUUCCUACUAUUUACAAUGUAUUUGGACACAAUUGUGAUCCGAAUGUAACGCGGGCCGUCAGAGAUAACAAGCUUAUUAUCUAUGCUAUAAAACCGAUAAAAAAGAACGAGCAGAUGUUUGUUUCCCAAUCAGAGUCUUAUAGAGUAUGCAUGAAACCUAUAAGGCAAAUGAAUUUAAAAAAAUCAUUCGGUAUCACCUGUAAGUGUCAAGCUUGUCAGGAAAAUUGGCUGCCUACUAGCAACAUUGCAUUGAAUAUGAUUGAGGUUUUUCCAACGAAUUUUGAUAAAAUAUUGUUUAAAACACCGUUGGAACGUCAUCUAUUCAAAAAACACGAGACAGUAUUACUUUGCAAGGACUACAUAGACCCUAACAUGAAGUUUACGGAAGAAAUGGCCUUAGAUGUGGGUCAAUCAGUUGCUACUGCAGUAAGAGAAUUACCUCAACCUUCGUACAUUACUAGUCUUUUAAUUAGAUCGCUUAUUUACAUAUUUCUCAAUUUAUAUGGUUAUGUCCAAGUAAUACCUUAUGUUAACUGCAGCAAAUCUAAGUCGAUAAAUUAAUAUGUAUCAGUAAUAUAAUACAGUUUUGCUGACAAUAUUAUCGCUUAUCAUUAUAUGUGAAGUCUUAAAAGAUUAAAAUCUAUUUA